AUGGACCUUGGUAAAGAACUCACCCCAAUAGGUCAUUGUUCUGAGAAGCCCGAAACUGAUAGACUGAGGUCCAUAGGAACCGCUGCAGCUGCCCUCGCCGGUGGAGCGACCGUAGCUGCUUAUCUGAACGCCAAAUUUCACCUGGGCAAAGAUAUCCAUGCGAUAUGGUCUGUGAAGAAGAGUGAGCGAGCUUAUGCCAAGGCUGUGGCAAACAGCAAAGGUAACGCUUGGUUCGUCUUCGUGGAAACCGCCACGCGAUAUCCGGACAUGGUUGCACUCUGGACGCGCGAACGAUCAUAUACCUACCGAGAUCUAUUGGAACAGGCAUGCCAAUAUGCCCAUUUCUUUCUGGCAAAGGGUGUAAAGAAGGGGGACCUGGUGGGCUUCUAUUUGGAGAAUCGGCCCGAGUUUUUGAUCGCGUGGCUUGGUCUCUGGAGCAUUGGCUGUGCUCCUGCGGCGAUCAAUUACAAUCUGACGGGUGAUGCGCUGUUCCACUGUCUGAAGAUCAGCGGCGCGAAACUUGUCCUGGUGGAUGAAGAUCCUGUUUGCAUUCAGCGAAUGGAGGAGCGUCGGGAAAGCGUCACUGGAGAGUUGGGUAUGGAGUUGAUGACCCUGGACGAAUCGCUCAAGGCACAUAUCCGCACGUUCCAGACCUCCCUUCCACCGACGAAUCUGGCUGAAAAUAUGAAGGGCAACUUCCCUUCCAUCCUCCUCUAUACAUCUGGAACGACUGGAAUGCCCAAAGGUUGCGCCUUCACAAUGUCACGGAUCUACACGACAAUGAUGCUGCGAGAGGACGUGAUGGGUGACAAGGAAGGUCCUGAUGGGGAUCGCUGGUAUAGCUGUAUGCCUCUAUACCACGGCACAGCCGCGAUGACACUCAUUGCGUGCCUAACCACGGGGAUUAGUAUUGCCCUGGGACCCAAGUUCAGUGUGCGCAACUUCUGGAAGGAUGUUCGUGACUCCGAGUCUACGGUGUUCGUUUACGUUGGCGAAACAGCACGAUACCUUCUCGCUGCUCCGCCCUCCCCAUUGGACGGCAAACAUAACGUACGUUGUAUGUACGGCAAUGGACUAAGACCUGACGUUUGGGAACAAUUCCGCAAGCGCUUCCGCGUCGCUCAGGUUGGUGAGUUCUUCAAUAGCACCGAGGGUGUCUUCGGUCUCUUCAACUUCAAUUGCGGACCCUACACAGCCGGGAGUGUUGGGCACCAUGGGCUUUUGAUGCGAGGCCUGUUGCAUAAUGUCUUUGUCCCCGUUGCCAUCGAUCCUGAAACGGGUGAUGUGCUUCGAGAUCCCAAGACCGGACUUGUUGUGCGGGCGAGAUACGAAGAUGGAGGCGAGAUCAUCGUAAACAUGCCCAACAAAGAAGGAUUCCAAGGUUACUGGCGCAACGACUCGGCCACCGAGAAGAAGUUCCUCCGGGAUGUCUUCAAGAAGGGCGACAUCUGGUAUCGAUCCGGUGAUGCCCUCCGUCGUCAGAGCGAUGGCCGGUGGUACUUCCUCGACCGACUUGGCGAUACGUUCCGCUGGAAGAGUGAAAAUGUAGCCACCGCCGAAGUCUCCGAGGUCCUCGGUAAUUACCCCGGUAUUCAAGAAGCCAACGUAUACGGCGUGCGCCUACCCAACCACGAAGGUCGCGCCGGAUGUGCAGCGCUUCAAAUCAGCCCCGAGGCUCGACAAACCUUUGACUAUGCGGCGCUAUCUCGGUACGCGCGAUCCAAGCUUCCGCGCUACGCAGUCCCGGUGUUCCUUCGUAUCGUCGACAAUCCAUCUCAUAUUCACAAUCACAAACAGAAUAAAGUGCCUCUUCGCGACGAGGGUGUGGAUCCCGCACUGAUUGGGACAAAAGUCACUGAUGGUCGGGACGAUCGGUUCUUGUGGAUGGCUCCUGGAGAUGAAGGCUUUUCGCCAUUCGGGAAGGAUGAGUGGGAGAAGAUCGUUUCGGGGACGGCAAGGCUAUGA